UUUGUAUGCAGCGUCCCGGGCGGCAGGGCUGACUGUGCCGUCAGUCAGUGAGUGAGUGUAGCGGAGGCAGAAGCAGAGCAGAGCUGAGCUGCAUCUUAGUCACUUUACAAAAAAAAAGCCCCAGUCUAGGGGUAUCGGCUCCUCCAGUUAAAGGGAAAAGGGGAGGGGAUGACUGGUCAGUGCAGAAAGCAAAAUUGCAACAAGUUAAUCACAGGUAGAGACACAGCCUCGGAUUAAAUCAGAGAAUUAACCUCUUUUAAUUCUAUUUUUACAAAAUGCUUGCUAAAUGCACGGGCAAUGAUUAUAGAAUGAGUGCAGUGAGAGGCUGAAGUGGGGGUGGGAGUUGCUUUUCCGAAGCUCGGUGCAUGCAGAGGAGAACGAGGACAAGGUACUGCCGUGGUAGAGGACAGGGAUCAGCUGGUUGCAUCGAUUUUGGACAUGGCUUAUUAAAAUUUACAAGCCAUAGCCUGUAACCAAGUGGAAACGCAGCGUGUGUCUUAACAUGGGGGAAAAGGUAUCCCUUACACACACAUGUUUAAUGGCAGGAAGGGCCAAGUAAGAACCUGGUGGGAAGAUGUCUGUGCUGAUUAGCCUGCAUGGCAGUUUCUUCCUGCUGACCAUCAGCUGCUGGUUGUGUGCCCUUGCCCAGCACAGAAAUGGUAGUGACGGAAAUGUGACGGGGCAGGAGGCUGGAUGGGUGCCUUUCAUCACCUCGCGACUGGAUCACAUCAUUGUGAAAGAGGGAGUCAGCGUGACGAUGAACUGCAAUGUAAGUGGCAACCCUGAGCCGCAGAUUCAGUGGUACAACUCCAACGGCCGCUUGCUGAACCAGGACGCUGACAAUUGUUGGAUUUCGGACAGUGGACUGUUAAACAUCACCACAGUUUCGUUUGGUGACCGAGGCAAGUAUACUUGUGUAGCCUCGAACCAUUAUGGCAGUGUUAAUUACACGGUGACUCUGAGAGUCAUCUUCACCUCGGGGGAUAUGGGUGUCUAUUAUAUGAUAGUUUGCCUUGUUGCAUUCACCAUCGUGAUGGUCCUGAACAUCACCCGCCUGUGCAUGAUGAGCAGCCACCUCAAGAAGACAGAGAAAGCCAUCAAUGAGUUCUUCAGGACAGAGGGAGCGGAGAAACUGCAGAAGGCUUUUGAGAUUGCCAAGCGCAUCCCAAUCAUCACCUCCGCCAAGACUCUGGAACUGGCCAAAGUCACCCAGUUUAAGACAAUGGAGUUUGCCCGCUACAUUGAGGAGCUUGCCAGGAGUGUCCCGCUGCCCCCUCUCAUCAUGAACUGCAAGAUGUUUGUGGAAGAGAUCAUGGAAGUCGUGGGCAUGGAGGAACCAAGCCAUAUCUACGUGGGAGCUGGACCAGCAAGUCAAGAGACUCGAGACGAGGUGUACACGAUACCAAAUUCUUUAAAGCGCACCAACUCAUCUGCAGGGGACUCGGACGAAUCGUCUUUGCACGAGCAGCCCCAGCAGAUUGCGAUCAAGGUGUCGGUGCAUCCUUUGAUGGCGGGGGAUAGGUUGGAGGGGCAGCGCCAACCAGGUGGUGCCCGCCAACCAGAGCAAGAGGCCAAGGAGGUGGAGACCGCGCAAGCUGCGAUUGAAAGUAGCCCCCAUGUUGGGCUGACGGUGACAGAGAAUGAUGGCAAGGUAGUGACGGCAGUGACUGAAAAGGCCAACUGCACUACGGCUGUCUUAGUAGAGAACACCAACUCUGUGAUACCAGUGGUGAUUGGGAAAACUCCCCGGGUCAUAUAUGAGAGCCAUGUGUAGCUGAGACAAAACUGCAGUUCACCCCUUUUGGGCUACCAUGUGAUGGGAUCUCUGAAUAAAAUUAGCCUUAACCAGAAGCCAAUCAUUGCAGAAGAGCAGAUAAUUAUGAUAAUGCAUGGAUUUCUGUUCAAAUUCUGUCGCAUUAAGUUAUCACUGACAUCAUAUUUAGGUGGUUGACAUAUUUGGGGAAAAUAAAUUACUUUGAGUUUUUGUUUUGAAGCAAAAGAUUAACUUCCACUUCUAAAUUCUUUUAGGUAAAGGUCAUUGUCCAUUGAACAAUUUAAACUGGACAUUUUAGCUCCCUGCCUUGCACAUGGCUGUUCUCACACAUAGUGAUCAGGUACAUUCUUCACGCUAAAAUGUAGUUGAGCUGAUAGAAAUUCUGUAAUCUUCAGAGUAAAUUUCUAGAAACACAAUGAAUAUUCAUGUGCAAGAGAAUGAUUUUUGAUUUUAAAGAGGGUCAAGGGGGAAAACAUAUCAGGUAUAAAUGACUAGAGAUGCACAGCCAAUCGGUCAGACAGGCAGGUUUUUAGCUGGAGAUCGCUUUCUUGAAUUAGAAGCCUGAGAAUUCAUUUUUACAGAUAAAGAAGAAAAGAAAACCUGAAACACAAGCUUUCAACACCUCAAAACCUCUUUGAAGCAUUUUACAAAGUAUUUUUGCACACUAUUGAAAUCUAGCCGCUGGUCAAUAACUCAAGCAACUCAGUGUGCUGCCACAAUGAUCAAUCCAAUUCGGCAGUUUGAUUCGGAGUGAAUAUCAGUGAAGCAGAAUUCUCCUGCUUUUACAGAGUUUUUAAAAAACUCUGGAUCCUUUUUCAUGGGAUUUGGGCACUGCCAGCAUUUAUUGCCCCUCCCUCAUCACCUAAGUGGGCUUGCCGGGCCAUUUCAGAGGACAGUUAAGAGUCAGCCACAUUGCUGUAGGUCUGGAGUCACGUGUAGGCCAGACUGGGUAAGGACGGCAGAUUUCGCUCCCUAGUAUCCAUGGAUAUGCAGGCUUAGGUAGAUUAGCCAUGGAAAUGCAGGAUUCCAGGGAUAGGGUAGGGGGGCGGUGGGAUACCCUUUUGGAGGGUUGAUGUGCACUCAUUGGGCAGAAUGACCUGUUUCUGCACUGUAGGGAAAUUCUAUAUGAUCCUUUCUAGGUGAAAGAAUGUGAGUAGAUCGGGUGGGAUUUUCAGCAAGAAACGGAACAUAAUUGGUGUGGCCAUCAUUACCAAGACUAGAUUUCAAUUUCAGACUUUAUUUAUUAAAUUCAAAUUUCACUAAAUGUGUCAAUGAUAGAUUGCUGAAUCGCAAAUCCUGAGGGUCUGAGCCUCCAGAGUAUUGUUUUGGUGACAGAGGGUGACUGUCUCCCAUUUGAAAAACUACCCGAGAAGCCAGGCUGGACCUGAGUUGACUGUCUCAUCUGACAAUGGGGCAGCACUCCUCAAGUAAUAGGCUUGGCGGCUGGAUCAAGUUUUGUGCACUAAUAGUGCUAGUCCUCAACUAUGGUAGACAAACGGGGGGGCUGGAAG